UUUUUGCUAGUCUUGAAAAACAAAUAUAAAGAACAAGAAUGCUUCUCACCUCACCUAUCGCUUCCGUUUCAUGCUUUUCAGUUUCUUUCUCACAGACUCACGAUAUUCGCAAAGCCUCUUUCCCAUAACUCCGAGUUUUUACACUAACGAUUACGAAGAAUCUCAAAUGAGAAAAUAUGAGAAGGCCAUUGAAACAACCACACAAGAAUGAAGAAAACCUCUUCGAAGAAUUACCAGAUGAUGUCGUCGUCUUCAUCCUCACGAAGCUCAGUUCAACCGCCUCUUCAUCUUCCCAUUUCCUCAACAUUCUCUCAACAUGCAAGAGAUUCAAACAGUUAGGUCUUCAUCCUUUGGUUUUAUCGAAAGCUGGGUCUAAAGUUCUUUUCGUUCACCCCAAAAAAUGGUGUGAUAGCUCUCACCGUUUUCUUAAACGCUGUGUUGACGCCGGUAGCGUGGAGGCUUUUUAUACUCUUGGAAUGAUCCGAUUUUAUUGUCUUCAAAAUCGAAAGAGUGGACUAUCCCUAAUUGCGAAGGCAGCAAUGAAGAUGCACGCGCCGGCGCUUUACUCACUCGCUGUGAUUCAGUUCAACGGAAGCGGUGGUUCAAAGCACGACAAAGAUCUACGCGCUGGAGCGGCUCUUUCUGCACGCGCGUCGUCACUCGGCCAUAUCGACGCGCUUCGUGAGUUUGGCCAUUGUCUUCAAGACGGUUACGGAGUAAAACAGAACGUUACAGAAGGACGACGGUUGUUGGUGCAGGCUAAUAUUAGAGAACUGUUGCUAGUCUUACGCGCUGUUGUGGCGGAGUCGCCUUCACGCGCUGGUUUCUUUCAGGAAGUGUUACGGAGUUUGAAAAACCUGGCUGUGCCUUUGAUAAAUACUAGUAAUCACGAUGAAAACGGUUACAACGUGACGGUGCCGGAGGUGCAUCCGGUGAACUGGUUUUUGAGGCAGUGGUUUGAGUCUGGGAGAGGGACUUUGGAGGAAGGGUUGAGAUUGUGUGCGCAUAUUGGAUGUGGCCGUGUGGAGAUGCGGCCGCAUGAGUUUCGGCGGUGUUCCGUUUGUGGUACGGUGAAUUACUGCUCUCGUGGUUGUCAGUCACUCGACUGGAAACUGCGGCAUAAAAUGGAGUGUUCGCCGUUGGAAGGGUGGUUGGACGAGAAUAACGGCGGUGGUGAUGAUGGUCCUUUAGUCGGUGGCGGCGGCGGCGACGAGAAUCAUGGGAAUGACGUGGCGGUCUAGAAUGGAGCAGUUUAUGGUAAAAAAAAGUAUUAAAGAAAAAACUACAGCAGUGUAAUUCAUGUAUUUUUUUUGUAUGUUUUCUUGUUUAAAAAAUUACUUAAAAUUAGCAUAACUUGUUUGAAACAGGGAAAAGAUUAGAUGUUGUUGAUUCAAAAUCUUAUUGGUUAGUGAA